AUGAGAUCCUCUAGAUGGGCACCGAAACCUGUGCCAGGGGCAGAAAAUGAAAACAAAAUCGCGCCAGAAGUGAAAAGCCAGGAGCAACCCGCACCCGCGCCUGCACUUCAACUUGCGCCCGCAAUGCAAGAGCCAGCACCUCUAGGGACAGAAACAAUAGCAGAGCCUCUGCCUCAGGAGAUACAAUCCGUAUGUAACUUCCAUCCCUACGUUGCAUUUGGCCUAACAACGAAUAAGCAAACCUUUGACGCAUAUGAUCCUAUGAUGGAUGAGUUCUCUCAAACACGCGAAGAUGACGAUUUGUUCGCCGACGAUGUCGUUCCUGUGGUAGAUGCCUCGACGGUCGUCAUAGAAGCACCUUCUGAGGCUGUGGUUCCAGACAUUAAAAGCAUACCGACAGGCCCAGCGGCGCACUCAAGAGGACGAGGCGGGCGAGGAAGAGGCAGAGGUAGAGGCAGUAAUCACAUACAUCACAAUGAAAAGAAAGACAUCGCGGAAGGCAACACUGUCGAAAAAGAGAAUGGCGCAGGCGUUGCGACAACGACUGCCAAUGCCACGGCUACGAUGUCAUCACCUACAGACGAUGCGAAAGAGACCCCAGUGCAGCCUCCACGAAAGGAGGGAGCUGUAAGAGGAGAUAGGAGCAAGACAGGUGGUGUGAAGAAGGCCAAACUCACAGAGGCCGAACUCUCCGCUAAGAUGGCAUCUAUGUCGCUUCUAAACGCUACUAAACUUGCCGCUCAUACCCGUGCCGAAGCUGACCGAAGAGAAUCCGACGAACGCGAGGCGCGUGCUGCAGAGGAGAGCCAGAAGCGUCGCGCAGCAACCGCGGCUAAGCAGAAGGUAGAGCGAGCCACACGGACUGAAAUGCUUGGGGAACGAGAGAAGAACAGACAGCGCAAGAUGAACGCACUGACUGGAAGAGAGUGGGAUGCUGAGAAAGAAGAGGGCUUUGGUGGCACUGGUGAUGAAGCAAGAAGAGGCAAUAGGAGGGGGGCGUACGGAGGCGUCGUGCAGGACCGACGACCUCAAGCCACAGAAACUUCUGAGGGAGGUGUUGAAGAUGUGAAUUCGCACUCGGCUUCUGGACCCGCUUCCCGUGGCCGUGGAAAGGGACGGGGACGCGGUGAUCGAGGUGGUCGUGGGGUCCGAGGAGGAAGAGGAGACACGAAUGGAAGUGCACCCCGCAAAGAUCAAAACCAGGUACCGCCACCGUCAGCGAAUGACUUCCCUGAUUUGCCGCCGUCGACGAAGCCUGCACAAACCGACUCGGGGGCACCGAAUCCAAUGACAUUCCCUAAAAAGGCGCAGCUCGAGAAAACAGUGGACACCGAAGCAAAGAAGGUCUCCGAGACAGCUGUGCCGUGGAGUCCAGAUACACCAGUAGACGGAUCGAAGCGGAGUUGGGCUGACCAAGUGGAAAGAGAAGGGAACAGAUGA